UUUGUUUUGACACAUCCGUCCGGCAAAGAGAGUAGUGCAAAGAUGAGUCCAAUAAACUGGUUACUGCUAGUCCUUGCUGUGGCUCCCCAAAUAUUUGCCGAAGUGGCUCCCGACUGUUCGCUCUUGCGUAAUAAUGAAAUCGUGCCAGACUGUUAUAAUUGUCAGCGUUAUUACAUCUGUACAAGGGGUAGAGCCGUGUCACAUAGAUGCCGACGAGGAUUAAAUUUUGAUUCUAAAACGAACGCCUGCACAUCUCCUGAACUUGCAAACUGUUAUGUGACUCGGGAGCAUAAACCCGAUCCGUAUGACGAGUCUUAUUCAGCUGAAAUCUAUGAACCAUCUUGUGAAACCACACCAUCACCAUGUGAAACAACAACACCCCCCUGUGAAACAACAACCCCACCCUGUAGAACAACAGCUCCACCAUGUAAAACAACAACACCACCAUGUGAAACAACAAGACCACCAUGUGAAAAAACAACCCCCCCCUGUGAAAUAACCACACCAUGUCCUUGUAAAACAGCAGCACCAACCACUACAAGCUGUAAAACAACAACACCACCAUGUGAAACAACAACACCCCCCUGUGAAAUAACCACACCAUGUCCUUGUAAAACAGCAGCACCAACCACUACAAGCUGUAAAACAACAACACCACCAUGUGAAACAACACCUCCACCAUGUAAAACAACAACACCACCCUGCGAAACAACAACCCCACCCUGUAAAACAACAACACCCCCCUGUGAAAUAACCACAUCAUGUCCUUGUAAAAAAACAACUCCACCAUGUAAAACAACAACCCCAUGUCCUUGUAAAAUAGUUACACCAUCCACUACAAGCUGUGAAGAAACUACCAAGUCAAUAACAACUAAGGCACCAACGACUACUGUGACAACUACAACCUGUGAAACAACAACAAAGACAACUACCAAGUCAACAACAACUAAGGCACCAACGACUACUGAGACAACUACAACCUGUGAAACAACAACAAAGAUAACUACCAAGUCAACAACAACUAAGGCACCAACGACUACUGCGACAACUACAACAAAGACAACUACUACGAAGACACCAACGACUACGGAGACAACUACAACCUGUGAAACAACAACAAAGACAACUACCAAGUCAACAACAACUAAGGCACCAACGACUACUGCGACAACUACAACCUGUGAAACAACAACAAAGACAACUACCAAGUCAACAACAACUAAGGCACCAACGACUACUGAGACAACUACAACCUGUGAAACAACAACAAAGACAACUACCAAGUCAACAACAACUAAGGCACCAACGACUACUGCGACAACUACAACCUGUGAAACAACAACAAAGACAACUACCAAGUCAACAGCAACAACAAAAACGACAACAACUGCUAAGAAAACAACUAAAAUCUGUGAAACAACAACUCCACCAUGUAAAACAACAACACCACCAUGUGAAACAACAACCCCAUGUCCUUGUAAAAUAGUUACACCAUCCACUACAAGCUGUGAAGAAACUACCAAGUCAACAACAACUAAGGCACCAACGACUACUGCGACAACUACAACAAAGACAACUACUACGAAGACACCAACGACUACUGCGACAACUACAACCUGUGAAACAACAACAAAGACAACUACCAAGUCAACAACAACUAAGGCACCAACGACUACUGAGACAACUGCAACCUGUGAAACAACAACAAAGACAACUACCAAGUCAACAACAACUAAGGCACCAACGACUACUGCGACAACUACAACCUGUGAAACAACAACAAAGACAACUACCAAGUCAACAACAACUAAGGCACCAACGACUACUGCGACAACUACAACCUGUGAAACAACAACAAAGACAACUACCAAGUCAACAGCAACAACAAAAACGACAACAACUGCUAAGAAAACAACUAAAAUCUGUGAAACAACAACUCCACCAUAUAAAACAACAACACCUCCAUGUGAAACAACAACCCCAUGUCCUUGUAAAAUAGUUACACCAUCCACUACAAGCUGUGAAGAAACUACCAAGUCAACAACAACUAAGGCACCAACGACUACUGAGACAACUACAACCUGUGAAACAACAACAAAGACAACUACCAAGUCAACAACAACUAAGGCACCAACGACUACUGAGACAACUACAACCUGUGAAACAACAACAAAGACAACUACCAAGUCAACAACAACUAAGGCACCAACAACUACUGCGACAACUACAACCUGUGAAACAACAACAAAGACAACUACCAAGUCAACAGCAACAACAAAAACGACAACAACUGCUAAGAAAACAACUAAAAUCUGUGAAACAACAACUCCACCAUGUAAAACAACAACACCACCAUGUGAAACUACAACCCCACCAUGUGAAACAACAACUCCACCCUGUAAAACAACAAGACCACCAUGUGAAACAACAACACCCCCCUGUGAAAUAACCACACCAUGUCCUUGUAAAACAGCAGCACCAACCACUACAAGCUGUAAACCAACAACCCCACCAUGUGAAACAACAACCCCACCCUGUGAAACAACAACCCCUCCCUGUAAAACAACAACACCACCGUGUGAAACAACAACCCCACCAUGUGAAACAACAAGACCACCAUGUGAAACAACAACACCCCCCUGUGAAAUAACCACACCAUGUCCCUGUAAAACAGCAGCACCAACCACUUCAGGCUGUGAAACAGCAACCCCACCAUGUAAAACAACAACACCACCCUGUGAAACAACAACCCCUCCCUGUAAACCAACAACCCCACCAUGUGAAACAACAACCCCACCCUGUAAACCAACAACCCCACCAUGUGAAAUAACAACACCACCCUGUGAAACAACAAGACCACGAUGUGAAACAACAACACCCCCCUGUGAAGCAACAAAACCACCAUGUAAAACAACAACCCCACCCUGUAAAACAACAUCCUGUCCCUGUGAAACAACAACCUCACCUUGUCCAGAAGUAUUGACUGAUUACGACUAUAACAACAGUGGGCAUAUUGUUCGAGUGAGAAACUCUUCAAGGGAUUGUGUUAACUUGCCUGAUAACACCUUCCUGGUACACCGUAGACUUUGUUCCCGCUUCUAUGUAUGCCAGAACGGGGCUGUGCAGCCUUUGAGAUGUCCACUUGGAUUUUGGUUUGAUCGAGAGUUGGAGACGUGCCGACCUCGCCGAGAAGUAACAAAUUGCCGAUAGAUGACAAAAUGUUGUAUUUAAAAGACGACCAAUUGUAGAAGGACCAAGGAAGCAUUAGAAGCACAUCAAUAGCAUAUGUGCAAAGUUUUGUUAGUCUGAUAAAAAUAUACCAUAACAGCGGUUAGAUAACUCGUAUGAACCAUUAGGCACAUACGAUGACUGAUGCCCUUAUAAUGCUUUCAGCUUACGACCACCGGUAAAUAAAGGAACCACUAAACAUUAUUAUAUAUAUUUCUAUACAAACAAUAUACUAUACAUAUGUACGUACAUAUCCCCCUAUAAAUGCAGAAGCAAAAUAUAUUAUAACCCGAGCAUUCCAAAAAU